UUCUCUCGGGUUCUUUGUGGAGAGGCCCGCCGAACAGUGGCUUUACAGCGGUUGGGUCGGCCGGUCGAUAUGCAUUUUAUAGGUGUAAAAUUAAGCCGCGCCGAGCUUUGCCUAUUUAAACGAUCGCGAGCGAUCAAAAUCGGUCAGUCUAGCUGUUACACGCACUACAAGAGAUACAGAGAUUUAACCUGUUGCUUCCUGUUCUGUUUUAUAGUUUAAUAACUCUUAAGAUUUUUUUUUUGGAUUCGCUUGUUGUGCCGAGUGGUUUGGGUGAGAUCGAUUCCUUGUACUCAUCCCGGAUUGAACCCUUCGUUUAUGUUUGCUCGCAUUUGUGAUGACUGUUGUGCACUUGUUGUUGACUAGUUAAGAGACUCGGAAAAAUUCUGAACGUGAGCUGUGAUUUUUGUGAAGGAAGAAACGGAGGAUUUUAGUGACAUUGAUUGAAAAGGAAAAUUAGUAGAAUGGCUUACACGUUGAUUUUGGUGGCAUUGAUGAGCCUUCUGUCGGUGGUGUGCUAUCUGAAGGUUCUGUACGAGUGGCAUCGGAAAGUGCGGGUGCAAACAGUGAAGUCGUCGCGAUACGCGAAAAAGUUGCAAAAGUUGGAGGAGAGUCAGCCUCAGGAAGUGGAAGAAGCGCCCGUCGAAUUUCCGCAAGCGCCAGGACCUUAUCCGUGGCCCGUGUUGGGCAGUGCCGCCAUUAUUGGACAGUAUCCGGCCCCAUUCAUGGGCUUCUCGGCCCUCGCGAAAAAGUACGGCGAUGUGUACAGCAUUCGAAUUGGCCAGGGUCAGUGUUUGGUGGUGAGCAGCCUGGAGUUGAUCCGCGAGGUGUUGAAUCAGAACGGGCGCUACUUCGGUGGACGGCCGGAUUUCCUGCGCUAUCACCAGCUGUUUGGCGGGGAUCGCAAUAACUCGCUUGCUUUGUGCGAUUGGUCCUCGCUGCAGCAGAAGCGACGCAAUUUGGCCCGUAAGCACUGUUCGCCGAGUGACGCCUCCAGCUACUACCAGAAGAUGAGCGACGUCGGCGUUGCGGAGAUGCACUACUUCAUGGACCAGUUGACCGACGUGGUCACCCCCGGCCAGGACUUCAAAGUCAAACCGCUGAUCAUGCAGGCCUGCGCCAACAUGUUCAGCAAGUACAUGUGCUCGGUUCGGUUCGAAUACGAUGAUGCCGGCUUCCAGAAGAUGGUGCACAGCUUCGACGAGAUCUUCUACGAGAUCAACCAAGGAUACGCCGUGGACUUCAUGCCAUGGUUAGCUCCAUUCUACUUCCGUCACAUGAGCAAGCUGAGCAGCUGGUCGAACUACAUCCGUGGGUUCAUCUUGGAGCGCAUCGUCAACGAACGGGAACAGAACCUCGGCGAAGACGAACCAGAGCGUGACUUCACCGAUGCCCUGCUGAAAAGUCUACGGGAAGAUCCCUCCGUCAGCCGAGACACCAUUAUGUACAUGCUGGAGGACUUCAUCGGCGGCCACUCCGCUAUCGGAAACCUGGUCAUGCUCGCCUUGGGAUACGUUGCAAAAAAUCCAGAAAUCGGCGCCCGCAUCCAGCAGGAAAUCGAUCACGUUACCGACAAAGGCCUCCGCAACGUCACCCUGUACGACACGGAAAGCAUGCCCUACACCGUGGCCACCAUCUUCGAAGUCCUUCGGUACUCCUCAUCGCCAAUUGUUCCCCACGUUGCCACCGAAAACACUUGCAUCGGCGGAUACGGAGUUCAAACCGGAACGGUAGUCUUCAUCAACAACUACGACCUCAACACCAGCGAGAAGUACUGGGAUCACCCGGAACGGUUCGACCCCAGCCGGUUCAUCGAAAGCGCCACCCUUGCGCAGAUCCGCUCGGAUCUGGUUGGAUCGCCAACAGCCAGCGAAGACCUCAGCAGUAUUAUCAAACACAACAACAUCGACUCAUCGAACGAGAGCCAGAAGCAGAUCCUCCGCGUCAAGAAGAACAUUCCACACUUCCUGCCCUUCAGCAUCGGCAAGCGAACCUGCAUCGGCCAGAACCUGGUCCGGGGCUUCAGCUUCAUCAUGUUGGCCAACAUCCUGCAGAAAUACGACGUCCACACGAACGAUCCCGCCCAGAUCAAGAUGAAGCCCGCCUGCGUAGCGGUCCCGCCGGACACCUACCCCCUAGCGUUCACGCAGCGCUCCCAAUAGACUAGCCCUAGUAACCCACCCCCCCCCCCCUUGUAAAUAGCCCCAUCCCCACCAUCCACCUUCAUUAAAUUAUUUCUCACCCUAAAUCAACCAAAAUCCCGCCGUCAAUCGCGCCUUCAUCUCCAUUUCAUCCUCCCAGCCAAUGUCUUAUCGAACCCAGUAGUAGGCCAGGAAACAAAAGUAAUUCAGUGGUUGCCGUGGGAAACUGUCACCCAGCCGCAUUUCCCCCCAAGUGACAAGUAGAACUUUAUUAUAAACAAAAUGUUAUCUAGUUUGUAGAGAGCGCUCCCGGAAACACACACACACAAACACACAAUCACUCAAAAAAAAUCGGAGAUGCGUACCGCAAAGCCUAGGAUAAUGGAAGUAAAUAUUUCGUUUUUAUAAAACAUAAUACAUAUUAGCAGUGAAAUCUUAGACAUAGUAGCAUAGGAGCCAAGUAGGGAUGUGCACCAAGCGCGAUGAGAUCAAGACUAUUUAUAUGCAUAGAUCGAGAACGAGGAACCAUUCGUGCUGUUUCGAUGGUCCACAGCAGCAAAAAAGUACUUAAAUAGGCUAAGUAAGUUGUUUGAACUUGUUUUUUUUUCUUUCUCUCUGUUUUGAUGGAACAAACGGUUGAACUGGUCGACGAGGUGACAUUUUUGGGCACCGAUUCGUCCGAUUGCAGCUAGAUUAGGAUUGCAUUGACAUGCUUGGAAAGAGAAGUACGAAAAGCUUGUUGUAAUGUCAGUAUUUUGAUUUUUUUUCGAGUACGAACCAAGACUGAAUUGAUGAUUCUUUCGAAUUUGUUUGAAAGUUUUGCCUCAAAAUUGCGUUAAU